AUGGACGAACAAAAUACGGAAGGAAGUCGCGCGGAAGCCAAUCAGCGGCCUGCGAUCGUCGACGGGCGCUCCACUGGACAUGGGCAAAGGGAGCUCAAGCGGCGGGAAAAGCUGCUCGAGAACGAGGCCAAGAAGCCCGGAAAAGCUGCCAAUGCACCUGCGGAGCCUGCAGCGAAGGCAGCUGGUCCGACUGAGGACGACUCGAAUCCAAUUCUUCGUUCGCGUCACAUCCAGAAACUGUGGGAGACCCAGUCUCCCAACCCGCACCCCCACAACUUUCAGGUGUCACUAUUGACGUCGCAUUACAUCGAGCGGUACGGCCUGGAGGGCAAGGUCAAAUCUGAUGAAAGUCGGAAGACAUCACAGGAACCUCGACUCUACGACCUCCAUGGCGAAGGUCAGAGAGCGCAGAUCAUGGCUACCAAGCAGUACGCGAAGGAUCCCGAGGCAUUCGCGUCGGUCCACGACAUCUUCAGGCGGGGAGAUAUAAUUGGAGUCAUCUGGACCUGCCCGAAGCUCCCGAUCACGCCAAAGGAGAUGAUUCUCCUCACACCGAAGCUGCACCGGCUGCUGUCAGAGCAUCUCGGGCUGAAGGACCAGGAGACCAAGAUCAUCAGCCACGUCCGCCGCUUCUUCGACGCGUUCGGCUUACUCGAGGUCGAGACGUUAAUGACGAGCAUGAUCGCGGGCGGCGCAACAGCCAAGCCGUUUCUCUACCUGAAGCAGCUUAUCGUGGGCGGGCUUGACCGCAUGCACGAGAUCGGGCGCGCGUUUCGCAACGAGGACAUCGACCUGACGCCCAACGCCGAGUUCACGAUCUGCGAGUUGUAUAUGGCGUAUGCGGACAUGUACGACAUCAUAGAUCCGGCGGAGAGCUUGAUCGAGGGCAUGGUCAAGUACAUUGCUGGCAGGAAGAUGACGCUGCAGUAUCACCCGGAGGGCAAGGACGGCGACAAGGUGCACGAACUCGAGUUCAAGCGGCCCUGGAAGCGCGAUACGUUCCACAUUGAGAAGGCGAACCAGUUUAUGCGUGAUUGGGGUGCCAAGCACAACGUCAACUGCAGUGAGCCACGAACGAAUCUGGUCGGUGAAUACAUCGAGCCCCUCUGCAUUUUGCCCGCCUUCCGUUUCGAGGGUUUCAUGUGCGGCAAGGAGUUCUGCAACGCGUACCCCGGUUCGAUUGAUCCAUUUGAGCAACGCCUGUGCUCACACAUACAACUGCGCGGUCAGGCCGACGAACCCAGAUUUGUCACGGCGACUGUGGCUUGGUGA